AUGGCUGAUAACAACAUCUCAGUUACUGCUGGUGAGUUCUCACAGCAACAGAUGAAUGAUAAGGCCAUAAUAGUGCAGAUCCUGGUGGUAGUUUUCCUCUGCAUCAACUUUUUGCUCAUUGUGACUUUUAUUUCAAAAGAUGUCUUCUAUACAACCAUGCGCUACAUCUUAUUUGCUGUUACACUACUGUCUGAUAGCAUAAUAUUAAUCGUGUCAGAUGUCCUGCUAAUUUUGAUCUAUUUCCAUGUCACUAUGCAAGUUGGCUUGUGUGUUUUUGUCUAUAUAUUGUUGGUGCUAUGCACUUUUGUCACACCAGUUACUCUGACAGCAAUGACCCUGGAGCGCUACGUGGCCAUUUGCAUGCCCCUCCGACAUGCAGAGCUGUGCUCCACACGCAACGCUCUGUACUGCAUCCUCAUCAUUCACGGCAUCAGCUCUGUACCCUGCAUUAUUAUUCUGUCCAUCUUCUUUUCCUUGACCUCCAAUACUUUGUAUACACAGCACAGGAUAUGCUCUAUGAACAUGUUUGUCUUUCUACGAUGGCAGGAUCAUGUUAAAUUAGGUGUAUACCAGUGCUAUUUCUUAAUCAUGAUAAUCACCAUCAUUUUCUCUUAUGUGAACAUAAUGAAAGUGGCCAAAGCAACAUCAGGAGAAAAUAAAAAGUCUUCCUGGAAAGGAAUCAGAACAGUAAUUCUUCAUGCUUUCCAGCUGCUGCUCUGUCUCAUCCAGCUGUGGUGCCCAUUUGUAGAAACUGCUGUGCUUCAAAUUGAUUUUACAUUAUAUAGUCACGUAAGGUACUUUAACUACUUAACAUUUAAUCUAGCUCCUAGAUGUCUGAGUCCUCUCAUUUAUGGCCUCAGGGAUGAAAAGUUUUUUCUUGCAUUAAAAUACACCAUCCCAUUUCGACUUCAUUGUGCAAAAAACAAUGUGUAG